AGGCCGUAGUAGUUGGGCAGCCUUGCCUGCUGUCGUGCACCAAGGUAGCCAUAUCCGAAGCCCUGUGACCUGCCUCGCACUUUUACUUCUCUUCCUCCUCAUGAUUCUCCUUCUCUCUGCCCUUUCUGAGCUUUUUCGGCAGUUUACACGCACAUUCACUUCAUAUUUACCAGAACCAGGUGCCCCAGGCCCGGCCACUCGUCCACGUCAUGCCAAAGCACAAGCGUGUCUCAGUUCGAGAGCCGUAUCUCUUGCCAUAUCGGCCGAGCCCAACUCCGGAGCUCCAGGAGCUUUACAAUUAGAUGAGAGACGCCGAGGAAGAGCUGGAUUUAAAGGAGCGAAUUGACCUUCAGGGCGGUCUGGACAGCGGAACCACCCAUGACAACAACCCUCCACAGUCUUUAGCCCCAUCCCAGGCGGCUACGAUGCCCCGGCCUCCGUCAUGCAAGUCGAUCACUCGCGGGUUCAAGGAUAUGGAAAUAUCGGACGGGACUCAGCAGGGGAAGCAAAAGCGAAAGGCGAUGCGGCAUGGCCCUUUAGACAAGUGUACAAAGGCCAGAGCUGCACUGAUGCGCAAGUUGGGCGCUUGCCAGAAGUGCUGUUGCCGGAGAGUCAAGUGCACCCAUCACGACUGGACGAAGUUUGAGACGGAAUACCAGACCUCGAAAGACCCGCCGGCCAAUCCCCCUACGAUCCCGUCUUAUAAUCAUCAAGCGAUGUCCAGCGCCGCUUAUUCAUUGCCAGUCCAAUGCUGGCAACCUACCAAGCCACAGGAUCUCGAGAUGGACCUCAUCGGCGUCGGCCACAACCCGGCGACUUUGGCGCCACCAACAGUCUCGCUCGGGUGGGAUGCAGAACAUGACUUUGGGCUGGUCCUACAAUCGCACGGCUCUUACCAAAACUGGCCAGCAUCCUCCGAUGACCAUCCGCUGUCCAACGCGUUCGGUGCACAUCAGCCGCCACCUUCCACAGUUUCGACUCUCUGGGAUCAAUGCCUUCCUAUUGGUCGCCAGGUCUCGGAGGCGAGAGACGAGUGGGAGUGCCAAUGGCGCAACGACGGGACCGGCUCCUUGAUAUCCAGCGGGGGAGGAGAGGCCUGCCCGCAUCGUCACCUCACGCUGCGCGAGCUCCGCAACCAUUGUUCAUGUGCCCACGGACAGUACCGAAAAGCAGAGGAGCCGUUCUUUGGGAGGUGUAUGGAUUGCCAGUUCGAUAACAAUCGGCCCGGACCCUGCCCACAAUGCCGGCAGGGCUAUUCAUCUUCGUCCGAGAAAUAAUACUACG